UCCUCGAAUGACUUUUUUUUUUUUUUAUUCUUCUUUGCCCAAUAACUAUCUCAGAUCAUUUCGGCAUCUUACGUUUUAGAUUUUUCCUCUUUUUUCUUUUCCUUUUUUUCUUUUCCCUGUUCACCUCAAACCUAUACCAGUUUGUGCAUAAGGAAAUCCAAGAAAGAUGUCUGCGUCAACAGUUUCCCGCCAGUUCGCCCGUGCGACUCUACGCACCACGGCUAGAAACACCUUUGCCACGUCUGCAAGACAGGCUUUCCGACAAAACGGCCGCCGAUUCUACUCGUCCGAGCCCCCCAAGACUUCGAGCACAUCGCCUCUCAUCUACCUGGCGGGUGCCGCCGUCGCGGGUGGUGCUGGCUACUAUCUCUACUCGCAGGGUGGCUCCAUUGCACCCAAGGUGUUCACCCCCACCCCGGAGGACUACCAGAAGGUGUACAACGAGAUCGCCAACCGUCUCGAGGAGAACGAUGAGUACGAUGAUGGCAGCUUUGGCCCCGUACUUGUCCGUCUCGCAUGGCACGCCAGUGGCACUUACGACAAGGAGACUGGCACAGGUGGCAGCAACGGUGCUACCAUGCGAUUCUCCCCCGAGGGUGACCAUGGUGCAAAUGCUGGCUUGAAGCAUGCUCGGGACUUCCUUGAGCCCGUAAAAGCCAAAUUCCCAUGGAUCACUUACUCUGAUCUUUGGAUCCUUGGUGGUGUUACUGCCAUUCAGGAGAUGCAAGGUCCCACGAUCCCUUACCGACCUGGUCGUCAAGACCGUGAUGCGGCUGCCUGCACGCCUGAUGGCCGACUUCCCGACGGUGCCAAGGGCUCCAGCCAUCUUCGAGACAUUUUCUACCGAAUGGGCUUCAACGACCAGGAGAUUGUUGCUCUCUCUGGUGCUCACGCCCUUGGCCGUUGCCACACCGACCGAAGUGGCUUCGAGGGCCCAUGGACGUUCUCUCCCACAGUCCUGACCAACGACUACUACCGCCUCCUCUUAGAAGAGAAGUGGAACUGGCGCAAGUGGAACGGCCCCAAGCAGCUCCAGGACAACGGCACCAAGACGCUCAUGAUGCUGCCAGCAGACUACGCCCUUAUUCAGGACAAGGCCUUGAAGCCUUGGGUGGAGAAGUAUGCCAAGGACAACGAUCUGUUCUUCAAGGACUUCGCCGCCGUUAUCACCAAGCUGUUCGAGCUUGGUGUUCCGUUCAAGCCAGACACCCCGACCAUCACCUUCAAGCGCGUCAACGGUUAAACAUAAAGUAUAGAAAAGACAGCUAGAAAGAAGGACAUGAUACCAAUUAAUAGACUUCAGACAUGAGUAUAAGGAGAAGAGGGAAGGAUAAAGCUAGACAUAAAGUAUAGCUAGAAAAGGAAGCCUUAGAUCUAGAACAAAGACCUAAAUUGCGAUUCUCAUCGCAGAUUAGAGGUAGAGGGAGAAAGUGUGGAGGUCUGAAUGGUUCAACAUAAUUCCGCGUAGAGGAAUGAAGGGUAAAGAGUAAAGAGUAAAGAGCCAGAUGAAACGAGACGAUACGAUAUUUGUUCGCUUAGUUGUCAGAUUAUUUCGAAAGCUCAGAAGAAGUCAAAUAUUGAAAUCUCUUCUUUUUCACAUAUUACCCCUAGGUGUACAUAACUAUGUAUCAUUGAUGUGUGUAAUAUGUAUAAAUA